GAGGUCGGCCGUGCCCUGACCUCCUUUGCGUCGAACCGCAGCCUGAGGCGCAGCGUGGGCAGGAGGAAAGCUCGGCGCUUCCGCCUGGGCAGUCGUCCAUACACGCCUCGCCCUGCGAGCGUCGCGAGGGCUAUGGGGACAAACGUCAGCCGCUUCCUCGAGCGGUUGGGCGCAGCCGGCAUUGCCCUGGAGGGUUCCUUCCUCAACAUUGGCGCCAACGACGGGAUCGGCGAUGAUCCUUUGGCCCACUAUGCCCAGAGCUCACUGGUGAAGGAGAGUGGUGCUGCAGUCGCCAUUGAGGCGGACGAAGGGCUUUGUGUGAAGCACCGGCGGAAUCUUCCGUGGGUGGCCCUUCACUGCGGCUUCGCGGUGCCAUCCACGCUGAGGUCUUUGCUGGCGCCACUGCCUUGGCGGAGGAUCGUGGACGAAUGUGUCCACCGCCUGGGCUGGCGUCCGAAAGUCAUACAAGUGGAGGUGAAUGCAGGCUUCCCUCCGCCUUUGCAGUACUCGCUCUUGGACUCGCCAUUGCUGCGGGAGCACUUGCCCUAUGUGGAGGUGUAUGGGCCGAUCUUCGGAGACAAGGAGAUGCGCCUGCAAGUGAAUUCGCCAAUUGCAGGGACUUCACUGUCAUAUUAUGUGCAGCAUCUGUGGCCCGUGUACGUGCUCUGGGACAUUGUGAGCCCGGAUGCCAUUUUCUUGCGUGCCGACCUAGCAGAAGUCGCAGGCAUCGAGGCGCUUGACGAGUUCCACGCCUUUGCCUGGAGCUGGGCAGACAUCCAUAACUUCCACAGGGACUUGGUCCGGCGCUGGACCUUCGAGUUGGAUGCUGAGGGAGCCCUUGGCGAG